AUGAUCACAAUGGCUCCCAUCGACGAUAAGCCACCUAGCGUGGAACGUGUAGAGGACAUCAUGGUGGAAAAAACCCCGACACAGGAGGAUGAGUUCACGCCUGAGGAGCAGAAGAAGAUAAUUCGGCGUAUUGAUCUUCGUCUGGUCACAAUGACCGGAUUGGCUUACUGUGUCUCUCUCAUGGAUCGGACGAACUUGAGCAUGGCUGCCGUGGCUGGUUUGACGAAAGAAUUGGAGUUGGAAUAUGACAAUCGCUAUUCUAUCGCCGUGUUGAUGUUCUUUGUACCAUAUAUCAUCUUCCAGCCCCCGAUGACGAUUUUAAUUCGAAAGAUUGGUCCAACUAUAUUCCUGUCGACGAUCAUUAUGACCUGGGCUGCCGUUAUGAUUGGAACCGGUUUCGCGAAGAACUUCGGUCAAUUGGUUGGACUACGAGUACUACUCGGUGUUUUGGAGGCAGGAUACUUCCCUGGAUGUGUAUACCUUCUUUCCUGCUGGUAUACUCGAUAUGACGUCCAGAAGCGAUUCUCCAUUUUUUACCUGAUCGGAUGUGUCGCAUCUGCACUUUCGGGUAUUUUGGCAUUUGGCUUGAUGCAAUUGAAUGGUCAACAUGGCUUAUCAGGCUGGAGGUGGAUCUUCAUCCUAGAGGGAGUGAUCAGCGGAGCCAUUGGCAUUCUCUGCUAUAUCUUCCUUGUUGACUUCCCCGACCGUGCAUCCAAGUCCUGGAGGUUCCUCAACGAGGCCGAGUGUGCAUUUAUCGUCCGUCGUAUUGACAAUGAUCGGAAGGAUGGCCAUCUGGAGGCCUUUUCACUCAAGAAAUUUCUGAAGCCGGCAUUAGAUCCGAAAAUCUGGGCAUUUGCCAUGAUCUUCUUUUCUCUCACCACCGUUACUUACGCCAUCGCCUACUUUUUGCCUAUUAUUCUCCGCUCCGGCAUGGGCUUCGACAUCGGCCAGUCGCAAUGCCUAGUCGCACCUCCAUACGUGUUCGCCGGUAUCGUCAUGUACACCGGGGCGUGGAUCGGUGAUAAGUACCACAUACGUGGAAUGAUCCUGAUUGCCAACGCACUAUUGUGCAUUAUUGGACUUCCGAUGAUGGGCUUCGCCAAAGGUAAUGCCACCCGAUACGCCGGAGUGUUCCUCACAGUCGCUGGAGCGAAUGCAAAUAUCCCAUCAUGCAUGGCGUAUCAAGCGAAUAAUGUGCGAGGACAGUGGACACGAGCUUUCUCCAGUGCCACUCUAGUGGGCUUUGGUGGGCUGGGUGGAAUUGCGAGCAGUUUGGUGUUCCGCGACAAAGACGCACCUGAGUAUCGGCCGGGAAUGUAUGCGGCGCUCGCGUGUAAUGUCUUGAUCAUUCUGAUUGUCUGCGCUCUGAGUGUGUGGUUCCGGUUCUGCAAUCGACAGGCUGAUCGGGGCAAGCGGGUCAUUGAAGACGAACCUUCAUUUAGGUAUACCAUCUGA